CAUGCUGAUCUGAGUCUUUCAAGCUCUCCUCUCUGAGUUUGUUUGUCGCAGAGCGGAGCAGAGACGAAGCUGAGCGGAACAGGAUGCAGGCCAUCAAAUGUGUGGUCGUUGGAGACGGAGCUGUGGGUAAAACAUGUCUUCUCAUCAGCUAUACCACCAAUGCCUUCCCUGGGGAGUACAUUCCUACAGUCUUUGACAACUACUCGGCUAAUGUGAUGGUGGACAGCAAGCCGGUGAACUUGGGCCUCUGGGAUACAGCGGGACAGGAAGAUUACGACAGGCUCCGCCCGCUGUCCUAUCCACAGACGGACGUCUUCCUCAUCUGUUUUUCCCUGGUCAGCCCAGCCUCGUAUGAGAACGUCAGAGCCAAGUGGUACCCAGAGGUUCGUCACCACUGCCCAUCCACCCCCAUCAUCCUGGUGGGCACCAAGCUGGAUCUGAGGGAUGAGAAGGAGACCAUUGAGAAGCUGAAGGAAAAGAAGCUGGCCCCCAUCACAUACCCACAGGGUCUCGCUCUGGCCAAAGAGAUAGAUGCCGUAAAGUACCUGGAGUGCUCUGCCUUGACUCAGCGCGGCUUGAAAACUGUGUUCGAUGAGGCCAUCCGGGCCGUGCUCUGCCCCCAGCCUGCCAAGGUCAAGAAGACUUCUUGUUCAAUGCUGUAAAAGGACCGGAGAGGAGCAACGCUAGGCAUUCAGACUGCUGACUCUGCCUUAAGAGAAGAUUUUAAAGUUCUUUUAUCAAAGUUUCUUCUAAAUCUCCACUGUAAUUGUAUAAAACACCUGGACAGUUCCGAUUAAAUAGCAGCAAACAUCUACUCGCAGCCUUCUAAUACUGAGCAAUACGGAUGCUGCAAGAGAUUCAACUUCUCUGUCUAAUAUGGAAAAUUCUCAUAGUAACUGUCCCAGGUUUGCACACUGUGUUAUCACUCUAUGAGCUUAUAAGAAAUGUAUAUGUUACUUUUUUUGGUGUGUCUAAUUUACAAUCAUAAAACAAAAGUAGUUAUGCAACAUAACCAUUCUUAUUGCAAGCAGGAAAAGCAAGCAGUGUUUCAUUGAGAUGUGUUCUUGGUGUAUCGUUGAGACGCUUAAUAUAAACGCAUGAAUAAAAAACAUCUUGAUCAAAAGUGUUGUAAUAAAAAGAUAUAUUUGUUAUGUUUUAAAAAAUAAUAAAAACUCACAAAUAAAGUGAAGUUUUCCAUGA